AUGGAGCGCGUGAGGUCCUGGAUGUCCCGCAGUGGGAGCCAUGUACAGAAUGCAGUCACUCGCCGGUCGUCGGACCUUUCGAUGGAGGAUGCUAUGCAGGAUCCAGAAUCUGCAAUCUUCGACAUCACAGCGUCGCGGGAUGCUGCGAGGUUCGGAUUUCGUGGGUUUCUGCUUCUUUGCACGCUACUGGCUUUCUCAGUCUCCGCAACAACCAUCGGCUUGUGGUCAGAAAUGGGUUGUGGUUCAACUUGUCUGAUGUUUCUACAAAGACAUAAAAUGCUCGCCAUUCUGUGCGCUGGUGCUUCUUUGCUAGUACUUCUGAUACUUUAUUUGCUUGAUUUCUUCCUGCCACCGCACUUGCCUGGUGAGUAUUGCGCCCUAUACCAUGGCGACCGCUUUCUGGGACGAGGUCUCUUGCUAUGUGCAGUAGGCGGGCUUCUUGGAGCCACUGUCUUUCUGGCAGACACCUUCCCAACGGCCCCAUUGGUGCUUACAAUUUUCUUGUCCCCAACUCUCUUGAUCGCUGUUAGACAGGCAACCAAGCCCAAGCCUUGUUUUGUCCUGGGCACUGGCUCGAAGGAAGCGAGUCUGCAGGAACGUUUACGAAUGCUGAAAAUGGUUACUGGGGAAGAAAAGGAACAGUGCUGUUUCUACAAAGCAGCAACCGUCGCAUACCUCCUCACAGCGUUGACCUGCAUCAAUAUUUGGAUUCCUUGGGCAGCAACCACAGAGGUCCAAUUGACAGAGGGUAUGGAUGCCACUGAGCGCGAGAUCACCUUCGUGCGCUGGUCCACUCCUUUGAUCGUGGGCAUCUCCAACUUGAUCUUCGCGAGCUUCACGGGCUUGCGAGUCGCCUUGGACCAGACCUAUGCUGGAACAGAUGACAAUCGAGCACAGAUUAUCUUGAGUUCACGAAGCCACUUGAACCGUGAGCUCAUGGACCACCGCAUUGCCAUUUUGCGAGCACGGCUGGCGGCAGAGACCCCAGGGUCCCAGGUACAGAAAACCCGAGACCGGGCGCAGCAGUAUUUGAUACAGCACACUGCCCAUAUGCGUCAGCUCUCCAACAUUGUGAAGAUUGUUGGCUGUGGUUUCAUUGCCAUUCUGGGAGCUUUAUACAUUGCUUUUCAGCUGACUGCUGCAGACAGCCAUAUAGCGGAUAUGGUGCAGAGCUUCUUGGGCGCCUUCUUUUUGACCUUCGUGGCGUUCAUCUUUGUCUCCUUCAACCGCUUGUGGCAGGCGAUGUCUAGUUGGCUGCAGGACUUACCUCUGUGGAAGUCUGCUGUUGGUCUUUGUUCGUCCACCUGGGCACGUGCUGCUCUUCUUUGCUUAGUCGUACCUUUGUUUCCACUGAUCGUGGUUCUUUCUGCCUUGAACCAGGCGGUACGAUGCGUUCGUGGCCAUAAAGAUGGACGGUGCUUGACGGACCGAGUGCACACCAUGUUUGUACAAAUGGUGCACUGGGAGUGGGUUUCGCUAGCCUCUUGGGCAUACAUAAUGGCCGUUGUCAUGAUGUUGUACAAGGUCAUUCCGCUGUUUAUCAACGUCCUACUGGCCUGGCUGAACUCCGUGGUGGAACAUUUGCCUUUCGCUGGAAUCCUUGGCUUCACCUUUGCUGCUGGAAUGGUGUUGUUUAUGCUGCCCCCAGUACCUGGGCCACCGAUCUAUCUCUUUGGCGGUUUGGUGAUCUCCAAGCAUUGUCCCUAUGGAUUUUGGUGGGGCUGCGGCAUUUGCAUUUUACUUUGCAUGACCUUGAAACUUUCGGCUUGCGCCAUUCAGCAGAAGGGCAUUGGUGAGCUUCUUGGAAAUCGGCAAGGCAUCCGCCAUGCAGUUGGAGUGCAUAGGCCGUUCAUGCGUGCCAUCGAGCACGUUCUCAGCAGACCUGGGAUGAGCUUUGGCAAGUGCAUGAUCCUCUGCGGUGGCCCAGAUUGGCCAACCUCGGUGUUGGCCGGAAUCCUGCGCUUAUCAUUGGUUCAGUGUACCAUAGGAACUUUGCCGGUCAUCCUUUCAUUGAUUCCACUGGCGUUGACCGGGAGCUUCUACUUGCGCAGAGAUGAGAGCGAGGUGUGGGCCCGCGCCGGCAAUCUGAUGUUCUCGCUUACAGCGUUGGUCUCAGUGACCUUUUGGACUGGAAUGGGAUGGGCAAUCCAGGACACUUUUGACAAGUACAACGAGCAAUUGACAGCUCCGAAGGUAGAGUUCGUGGAGUUGGAUUGGCUGGACCACUGCGAAGAACGAAUCCGGGAAAAGUGCCAACUCACCGUGAAAGAUUUACCGCGCUGGGUUGCGUUCUUCCACUUCGCCGGCGCGCUGUUGAUGGUGGCAGUUGCGCAGUUCUUCUUUUGGCGUGCAGACAACUGUUUUGGCAACUUCAAGGUCACAGACGAUGUGGAGACUUUGCAUUGGUGGCCCUGGAAGGGGGAUCCUCACAGUGCCAUGAUCAAGAAGCCUGGCUUGGCUGGGCUUGCCUUGGUACUGGUGGCCUUUCUAUUUCUUCUUGUUUCGCGAACGUGGCGAAGCAGGCACAAUGCCAAAGCAACACAAGCGGUGCGGGCCGAACUGGCGCUUGAAGAAGAAUCGUGGAAGGCGCGAAGGAUUGAACAAGCACAGACCUGGUCACCACAAAGUGUCUCAGCUUCUCCAGUCAUUCGCGGCGCUUCCGCGAAAUCUGUGGAAGAUCUUGGCGAUGAUCUGAAGAGCGUCGUUGCCAGCGCAGUUGAAGGCUUGGACGUGAGCACGAUCAAUACCAUGAAGUCUAUGGAUUCUGUGAUAGGUAUUGCUGUGCCCGAUGCUGGCUCCCAAGUUGUUGAAAUGCUCAGAAGAGAAUUUGAUGUUGAAGAUACCUCCAUCUCUGUGUCGGCCAGCGUGGCUCAAGAUGCAUCUGCAGGAGUCUCAGAAAGACGCAGAAUGCGCAAGGCCUGCAGAUGCCUUUACUUCGAUAUCCUUGUGAUAUUUGUGAUCCGCUUGGGGUGUACAAGCCAUUCCUAA